AAUAAUUUUUAUUUAUUCAACCUUUAUUUCACCAAGAGAAUCCAAUUGAGAUUGAAGUUAAUUCAAGGUUAGCUUACUAUAUAAGCAUUACAAUCAUAAAGAAUUGAGGAAAUGGUGCAUUUCAAAGAUUUUGCCAUUUCAGGAGAAAAAUAUUUUUGGUCUCAGAUUGAUGCUUCCUUUGUAAAGGGGAGGAGAUAAAUGGGGCUGGGGAGGAGGACGAUCCUCAUGACUAAUUUGCUAAAUGCUCACAGACAAAAGCACUUUAGACACUCAUCUGGGAAACGGAUAAUUUCAGUUCACUGGUUAUUUGGAGGAUGUAUGGCAACAGCAUGUUCCCUCUAGUAUUCAGCUUGCUGGUUUUGUCUUCAAGUCAAAGCUCAGCACACUCCUCAGAAAACGGCUCCAUGUUGCUGCCUCGGACUUUCUCAGGUCGCUUUGUCCUGGUGACUGAAGAACCCAUGGAAUACAUUGACCUGUCUGCACUGGACAGUGAUGACGACGGCUCAGGUUCUGAGACGGAGCAGAAACUUUUGAAGAAACACGGCCAGCGCUUGCAGAAGCACCUCGUCGUCUCUGAGGAAGCCAAAGAGUUUCUCCAGGGUCACCUCACGACAGCGUUUGUCCCCACGGUUUACAUCCUGGUCUUCGUUACCAGCGUGCCUCUCAACCUUCUGGCUGUGGUGAUGUUUGUCCACCGAAUCCGUCCCAGAAAGCCUGCGGUGAUCUACAUGCUCAACCUGGCUUGUGCUGACCUUCUGUUUGGCCUGCUCCUCCCCUUUAAAAUCGCCUACCAUUACAAUGGCAACAACUGGAUCUACGGGUCCUUCAUGUGCAGGGUGGUGACAGCAGCUUUCCACUGCAACAUGUACUGCUCCGUGCUGCUCGUCAUGUGCAUCAGUGUGGACCGGUUCCUGGCCGUGGUUUACCCCAUCAACUCCCUGAUGUGGCGGAGCCCUCAGACUGCUGCAGCCGUCUGUGCAGCCAUGUGGCUCCUCUCCCUGGGAGGAGUGUCCCCCCUCGUGAUCUCGGAGCAGACACUGUAUUUGUCAGACCUUGGGAUUACCACCUGUCAUGAUGUGCAGGAUGUGGAAACCCUGCAGUCCUACUAUCUCUACUUCUUCCCCAUAUACUCCUCCAUCUUCUUCUUCAUACCUUUUGCCUUCACUACUGUCUGCUAUGUUCGAGUCGUUCAGGCUCUGGCAGCAGCUAACUUGGAGAACCGCUCAAAGAAGACACGGGCAAUCGUUAUGACCGUGGUGGUGCUGCUUGUGUUCGUGGUCUGCUUCGCUCCCACAAACAUCAUCCUGAUGAUUCACUAUGUUCAGAUCAGUCACACAUCCAGUGACGGUUCUUACCAGGCGUACCUGCUCUCUGUGUGCAUAGGCAGCCUCAGCUGCUGUCUGGAUCCUCUCCUUUACUACUAUGGCUCCUCUCAGUGCCAGAAGCAGGUGGCUGCAGUGCUUAGGUGCUCUCCACUGGCACCAGCAGGGAGCAGCAUGGACACACGCAGCACACAAACGAGUGGAUCGAGCACCAGAUCCUGCAAGAUGGAGGGCAUGUAUAGUAGUCAUUAUAACAAGCUGGUGGCUUAAGGAGCAUGUUUCUGAGAAAAAAACAAACUUUCACAAAGGUUUUCUUGCUUUUUAACUUUUUAACAUUUGGUCAUGUUCUAGCAAUAUUUUAAUACAUCAUUCUGGGAGUUUCAUGUAACACAAAGUGGUGCAUAAGUUGGAACUGGAAAGACAAGGAUGUGUGGGUUCAGUAAAGUAGAUGAAGCUGUAAAGUAAAGCACGCAUUUUUUUCCAGCUUCUCAGAAUCAUAAGUCUGAAAAACAUCAAGUCUUAAAUCUUCUUUCUCAUUAACACUGAUUAGCUUCUCUGUCCCUUAUGAUGAAAAGCCUCCCUGCCGAGUGAUGCUGCUGCCGUCACUCUGUUACACUCUAGGGAUGAUGUUUGUACUGUAUGCUUCAUAAACAAAAAAAGUUCCUUUUUUUGACAGCGUGCUCAUUGUCUUCCUGCACAAACUUUAAGCAGGACUUCUUUUGCCUUUAUACAACAAUGUUUUCUCUUGAGGCAAAAGUUUCAGAGCACAUGAUGAAUAAGAAUCAUUUUCUUUCCAUCUGAGCUGAGAACCUGCAGCUCAUCCACAAUCAACAUGUGCUUCUCGGCUGCAUCUCUCAAUAACUCCCUCUGGACCUCUCUUACCAUGUAGAGUUCGAUGGACUCCCAUGUCUGUGUAGGUGGUUUGCAAUUGUUUCAUACUUUUAACAUUUUUGUAUGAUGGAUUGGACUACGAUGGUCACAGAGCGGUUAUACAGGUGAAAUCUGUUUACCUGUCAUACUAAAGGGCAUCGAACACACGCUGCAUUUUUUAUGUGCAAGAGAGAAAACCAGCCUUCCACUUUACACUUAUGCUCUACUUUAUCAUGAAAUCUCAAAACAUUAAAGUUUGUGUAUGUAAUUUGACGACAUGUGAAAAAGUUCAGUAGUGCUCAAGUUGGAUAGAAUAAAUUCUUGAUUUUGGUUUGAGGUUUAUACAGAAAGCUUUAACACUGUAUCCACCAUAUAACACUGUCACUGACUUCGCCUUCCUGGUCUCCUCUGUCAGGGAAUCAAACCAUCAGAAUCUGUUUCACUAUCAUACAAAUUACAAGUUGCAAACAUAAUGUCUUUUUUUUUUUUUUUUUUUUUAGAGAAUGUGUAAUUAUGUACUAUGUAAGUAAAAGCAAACAAAUAUGUAAUUUGAAUCAUUUUAUUUUUUUGGUUGUCUGUUUUUUUUUUUCCUUUCUGAAUGUAUUGUUGUGAUUUUUGUUAAUUCAAAUGGCAUCGACAGAUAAUAUCACAAGCAUAUUCAAACCUCACAUAGGAAAUUAAUUUAUCUUCUGAGAGGCAAAUUAGUUAAUUUUUGGAUUUUGACAAAACUUCAGAGUUUCUAUGACAGAUUAAUGUCAUAAAUUUAUCACCUUUAGGUAAUUAAUUUAAAAAGAAUGUUAGGAGAGAGCUUCACUAAACUGUGAAUGAACUUGUUUGUGGGAGUCCACCUCUCAGUUCGAAGAACUAUAAAGAAAAACAGCGACUGAGUCAAAGAUAAAACUGUAUAUUUGGGUUUCUGAAUGGAUGUUGUUGGGCCUCUUUGACUCUGCAUUUUCUUUUAUUGCUGCUCAACUUUUCGCUUCUUUGUCGGGACACAAUUCUGUAAGACAAAGCAAGAGAAGAACAAUGCUUCAUCGAAUAAACAAUACAUUCAAGUA